UUUUUACAUCAGCGCUCGCGCUCGCAUCACUGUGACUUUCCACUGACACACGUAAAAUCAUGAGGAUUUAAAUCUAUUCUGGAUAAAUCCACUGAGAUUGUGAUUAACAUGAAGAAAAGACCUCUGAAUUUCUUGGGUCGGAAGAAUCGAAAUCUGUUCGACACCAAUGUGGAAAUCAAGGAAAUUGAUCACGUGGAGCUGAUGUUGGACUCGGCCGCCAUUCCAGAGUCAGGAACCGCCAAAGUCCGUUCACGGCCGACGGUCAAACACUUCACGUCCAACGAUUCCCUCCAAGGCUUUGCGGUUCCGACUCCCAAAGUUCCACUUUUGCUGCCCUUCAUUGAACCUACAGUGAACGGUACAGGAAGCCCCAGAAACCUCCAAAACGGAGGAAAGCUUUCUGCCUACAACAUGAGUGAGGGGGAAUUAUUUGUACCCCCUCCGCCCAGCUCCGCCCCUCCACCCCCUCCGCCCUCUUCAGUAGCCCAGCGCCCUCCAUCGUUCAUCCCUCCACCUCCCCCGAGUCACGGAGACAGACAUCCAUUCAUAGACACAGCAAGUUUGCAGCCACCUGCCAUGCCACCCCCUAAACCUCCGUCACAUAACGGCUCUAAUUACAGAGAUCAGUUAGACCUGGCCUCCCUCAUACCUCCUCCAAUGGCACCUCCAACACCUCCAUCAGACAAAUCCAGCUUCAGAGGUUCCGUCUCCAGCCUGGAUUACGAGGAGAUCCCAGAUUGUCCUAAAUUCACCCCGCCACCACCUCCCUCGAUGGGUAAACCUCCACCUGUCCUACCCAAAACCCAGAAAAUGCCACCUCUGAAACCUAUCCGCUUGUCCUCCAUACCCAAUAUGGACAUCCAGUCCAGAUCGCCCACACCCCCACUUGCCUCUACUCCAACGCUUUCCAGCUUCAACCCUCAGAACACGGCUAAAAUCUACCACAUGCCGAAAGGCACUGUACUCACAGGGCAGGUUGACAGGGAGAAGCGAGUCCAGUCCAUUCUGUUACUGGAAGACUCCACUGGGAACCCCGUUGGGGUUCAUGUCAACGGGAACAGCGGUGGAUCUCUCAAACAAGUCCAGUCGGUGCCACCCGUCAAACCGGCACGUCGUGGGAGUACCGCCGCUCAACUGGAGAAUGACAUUCCAGACGGUGCCCAGGUUCAAGCUCCAAGUCAACCAACCAAGCAAGAGGCGAAGAUCAAUCCGGAACCCGAGACUACAACACCUAUACAUUUCUCACCUAAAAUAGAGAAGAAGCCUGAUGUUGGCCAGGUGAAGACUCAUGUGGACAUACCUGGCAGGUCUCACAGGUACAGCCCGGUCCUGAACCACCGACACCUGAAGACACGAGGGCUGGAGAGCUCGGGGAAGAAGAAUGAAACAUCCACCUCACCGCUCGCUCUGCUGAUGGCCUCUAAAGAAAGAGAAAAGAAGAAGAACAAUCUGUCCCGACAGAACAGCGGUUCCUAUGAGCCCCAGACUUCUGCCAUCCAACCUAACGUAGAGAAACCAAACUCCUUCACCGUCAUUCCUCGAGACCUGUCAGAGAGAGCCAGUGUAGAAUUCAAGCCGACUAUAAACACGCAACCGGUCGUCCCGCUGUCUACUAAAGUUGACGUCCCAAAUGGACCUUACUCUAAGUCAGUGCUAAGCUCCACCCCUAUGAACAGCUCAGCAGGGGUACAACAUAUUGCUGUCCGAGAUGAGGAAAACGGUGAAGAGAUGUUGUUUAUCCCACCACCUCCCGAGUUUGCUAACUUUGACCCAGAGGACGAACCCCCAGCCCCGCCUCCCGCUCACCCCGCACCUGCCCCCCCUUUACAAGCCACGCCUCCGUCCUUUAAACCGUCCAUACCGCCACCAGUAACCAACGGUCCACUGAUCACCCCCAAACCUAAACCGCCCACCUGUCCUCCUAAAGCCCCAUGCCCUCCACCAGUUAUCCAACCCAAACCGCCCGUUCAGAUUAAAUAUGCCCCACCGCCGGUCCAGGCCCCCCCACCGGCCAGUCAGACGACGCUGCUUAGUAUCCUGCAGAGGAAGAUGCUGGAGAUGGACCCCAAGUUCUCAGCAGUGAAAGAGGCAGAUUUCAACGACGACUGGAACUCUCCGCUUUCUGAUGACGAAGGACCGGCGCCAUUUGUAGUGUCCAAACCUCUCCAAACCCGCAGUGCCGCCCCGCCAGCGAGACCUCAGGGUCUGUACAUGAAGGAGCUGGAGAACAAAGCAACCAAAAAGACUCAAGAUUUUUCAAGUCCAUCUAGAUCAAGUAACGGACCUUCAAGCAAACAGUCGUUUGGAAUGACGUUCACAGUGAGACCCGGAAGCAAACAGCCAAUAACACCAGUAAUAAAAAACUGAACUGGAUUCGUUCCAGACAAAUG